AUGUCCUCCCCCUCCUCCUCCCUCCUCUCUCUCCUGCUGCUGGCCAGCUCCUUGGUGCAUGCCGUCCCCAACCCUUCCUCCAUCACCUCUGCCCUCCCACUUUUCAACCCCUCUAGGUCAAGCUCAGCUAACAUCGACCAGAGCAACAGCCUGACUGUCCACUACGCGGACGCAAACACGGAGCUGACGGGCAUCCUCUGCCGGGAUGAUGUGCAGCUGGGGGAGUACAGGGCAAGGCUCUCCUUCGCAUGCUGGACCUCCGCUCCCAACCAGCAAUUUUGGGCGGAGAUGGGAAACGGCGUCCUUGGGCUGGGCCCCAAGUACCAGAAGCAGCAUGAUGUCAACGGUCGCCCCCUCCCCAGCCCCAUCCUGCUGGGCUUCACUGCUCGGGAUGCGGUGGACAGCAACGCGGCUGGGCUCCCACCGAAGUUCGCGUUCAUGGCUACCAAGUCAGCAGCUGAGCUGCAGCUGGGGGGAUACGUGAAGGGGAGCACCAUAGGAGAGAUGCGGACGACGCCGUCGAUCAGCACCAAGACUUACUCGCUGUCGAUCAACUCGAUCAGGAUCGGAGACGAGUUCGACAACGCUCUAGAGCUCCUGGUGUUCUCUCCCACCACCAAGAAGAGGCACGUCCCUGCCCUGCUAGACACCGGCUCGCCGUGCAUCAUGCUCCCGUCGAGCUCGGAAAACGGUGACGUCAUCAAGUCUCCCUACUCGCUGUACCAGAACUACAACAAGAAGUGGUCGAAGAUGUUCAUCACUGUCAACGGGAUCGACCAGGGGCUGGAAAUUCGACGGGAAGAUCUCGAGGUCGAGCAUCACACGUUCCUUGAUGAGGCAUGGGGCACCAACAUCCGGCCGUGCGUCAUGCCGGUGACGUGGGCGAUGAAACCUCCGCACAUGACGCCGAUUGUUCUGGGUGAGAGUUGA